GUGACAGGCGGCGCGGCGGCGCGUGGAGAGGACACAGUCAUCGGCGCACCCCGGCGGCGCGGGCUGCAGAUCGCGGCUCACGCCACCCGGGAGGAAGUCACAAAAGCGGGGAUCCAAGGGUGUAGGGCUGGGGUGCCGGACGGCCGCGGGCUCUGGCCGCUGGUGCGGAGCCGGGGAGGAUGGUGGGUGCGCGAGGCGGCAGCGCGGAGCUCAAGGACGUGGCAGGGCGGGAAGAUGAGGAGGGGUCGGCGGUGGCGCCCGGGCACCCGCUCGCGAAUGGCUACUGUCCCUGAAUGGGGCUUCCCGGGGGAGCCCCGCGGCCGCCCCGGGAGCCCUGGGCGGGCCGCAGACUCCGCUGGUCCCGGAAGAGGACACCCAGGCCUGGCUGCUGCCCACGGGCCCAGGAGAAGUCACCCCUGGGGCGGAAGGCACCCCGCUGCCCCGGACGGCGCUGUCCGCGCGGCGCUUUGUGGUGCUCCUCAUCUUCAGUCUGUACUCGCUGGUGAACGCCUUCCAGUGGAUCCAAUACAGCAUCAUCAGCAACGUCUUCGAGGGCUUCUACGGCGUCUCCUUGCUGCACAUCGACUGGCUGUCCAUGGUGUACAUGCUGGCCUACGUGCCCCUCAUCUUCCCGGUCACCUGGCUGCUGGACACCAGAGGCCUGCGGCUCACUGCCCUGCUGGGCUCCGGCCUCAACUGCCUGGGUGCCUGGGUCAAGUGUGGCAGUGUCCAGCCGCAUCUCUUCUGGGUCACCAUGUUGGGCCAGUGCCUCUGCUCCGUGGCCCAGGUAUUCAUCCUGGGCUUGCCCUCCCGCAUCGCCUCGGUGUGGUUUGGGCCCAAGGAGGUGUCCACAGCUUGUGCCACCGCCGUGCUGGGCAAUCAGCUUGGAACUGCAGUUGGUUUUUUGCUACCACCAGUUUUAGUGCCGAACACACAGAAUAACACAAAUCUCCUGGCUUGUAAUAUCAGCACCAUGUUUUAUGGAACAUCAGCUGUUGCCACACUUUUAUUUAUUUUAACAGCUAUUGCAUUCAAAGAGAAACCUAAAUAUCCACCAAGUCAGGCUCAAGCAAUUCUUCAAAACAGCUCCCCCGAAGAGUACUCCUAUAAGAAAUCAAUAAGGAACCUAUUUAAAAACAUUCCGUUUGUCCUUCUGUUGAUCACUUACGGUAUCAUGACUGGAGCUUUUUAUUCGGUCUCCACAUUAUUAAAUCAGAUGAUAUUGACACAUUAUAAGGGAGAAGAAGUGAAUGCUGGGAGGAUUGGGCUAACACUGGUGGUAGCAAAAAACUCUAUUCUUUGUGGUUUAUGGCUGGAUUACACCAAAACGUACAAACAGACUACGCUGAUAGUUUACAUUUUGUCUUUUAUUGGAAUGCUUAUAUUUACCUUCACAUUGGAUCUUGGAUACAUUGUCAUUGUGUUUGUUACUGGAGGGAUCCUUGGAUUCUUCAUGACUGGUUAUCUCCCUCUGGGUUUUGAGUUUGCAGUUGAAAUCACUUACCCCGAAUCUGAAGGCACUUCCUCUGGUCUCCUUAAUGCCUCUGCUCAGAUAUUUGGAAUUCUGUUCACAUUGGUUCAAGGAAAGCUCACAUCAGACUAUAGUCCUAAGGAAGGGAACAUUUUCCUCUGUGUUUGGAUGUUCGUAGGCCUCAUUUUAACAGCAUUAAUCAAGGCUGAUCUGAAAAGACACAACAUAAAUAUAGGAAUUAAAAAUAUUGACAUUAAAGCUGUGCCAGUUGAGAGUCCCACGGAUCAAGAACCAAAAACUAUGUUGUCCAAGCAGUCAGAAUCAACAAUUUGAGGUGAAAGCAAAAGUGAAUGCGCUGCGAUAACUGGAAUACAACAUGGUGACCCUUGGAGAGAGAGAUGAGCAGUAAGACCGGGUUUGUCAGAGUGAGAAAUGGAUACUUGAAAAUUAUUACACAAGCUCUAAAUGCACAAUUAUUCUGCUUAACUGUUAUUUUUAUAUAUUUUUUUAUUUUUGUAUUGCCAGAAGGCACAUGUGCUCACCAAAAAGAGAAUGCACACCCUACCCCACGUGAGGGCUGGUCACACUGGAAUCCUUUUCCUCCGUUUCUUCAUCCUGUCAGGUUUUGGGGCACACAUUCACAUGUGCCUGGCAUGUUUGUUAGGCUACCUGGCCUGAGAUUUGAACCACGGUCAGCCCUGUGGUAUUCACCUUCCUAUGCACUGUGCUUAACUACUGUGCUAUGGGGUCAACUAGUUAAUUGUUGAGGAAUAUUUUCCUUAAAAUGCUUUUGUUUACAUCAUGUUAACACUACUGUUUAUCUAAUUAGCAUCCCAUUUUUAGUUUUCCUUUGUGUCUGAAAGUAACCUGCUGCACAUUUAUUUUUCAAAAGUCGUAGUUUUUUUCUUUUAUAGAAAAUGGAAGCGUAAGUGACUUUCUAAAAUGAUAAUAUGGAGUCCAGUCACCCACGAGACAUAUAUCCAGCAAGACCAAAUGUACAGUAUAUUCUCAGUCAGCGGCCUUUCCUCGGUGCUGACCUGCCCAAGCCACUUUGGUAUGAACACAGUAUUAAUACUAUACCAACAUGAUGCUCCUAAUCCACCCAACGGCAAUACUGGGAUCAGACUUCCAGAUGACCUCUGAGAUGUUUCCCAUUUCUUGUAUCCUUGUUACAAAGUACUCAGUAAAGACACCACCAACGGACGGACGCUGUUCUGUGUACGGAUUUUACAGAUGACUUUGGUCUUCGAAUGAUGUUCUAAUUUAGCCAGGCUCGUUGUCUUGGCUUCCUUUCUGCGCUGCCUUCCUGUCGUUGAUCAAUGCUAACACUAUAUUUUUUCACUCCAACUUGACCUAGAGUAGUUUUGUACUCAUUUUUUUACUCUCUUCUUUUUUCGAUAUGUAGCUUUUGAAUUGGAAAUUUUCAUCAUAUAUGUUAUUGGCUAUUUUGUGAUGUCUUAUAUCACAUCCUAUAUUUUUGCCUUGAAGAUUCCUGAAAUCAGGAAAUCUAUAACUUCAGAUAGCCUAGGUGUCCCCAUUUCCUGGAGACCUCUUGAAAUGCUAACCAUUCUAAUUCUACAAUACCAUUUUUAUGGCCAUUCUCCUCUGAGGAAUACUGUGCCCUUGUAUGUGAUCCAUCAGUGUGCUGGGGUGGGAGGUGGAUUCAUUUCUUCACUGUGGGGUGUGUGUGGGCACCACGCUGUUGGAACCGUCUGCUCUUUUACAUACUCAGGGUAAGGAGAAUAGGACCAAAUGUAUUCCCACAGUGCCUACCACUGUGUUUUGUUUACAGUGACAAUUUAAAUGUUGAUGUCCUGACUCUCUAAGCUUGUAACGAGUAUCUUUACAGUAAUGACAUUUACAUUCUCUCCAUGUACACAAAAAUAGCCAAUCAGGGAAGAAAUACUCUGAAGUAGCCCAGCUGUGGUGGUGCACACGGCUAAGAUGCUUGUGCUCUGAAGACUGGAAUUACAUAGGGCCUGGGUUGGAUUCCCGGUCCAACCUAAGGGCAGCCUGGUGGCAUAUACCAGUACUCCCAGUGACUAAGGGAGACUGAGGCAGGCGGAUCCUGAACUCGAGGCUGCCCUGGGCAACAUAGUGAGACCUUGUCUGAAGAAAGAGCCAGGUGUGGUGGUGUGCUUCAGCAGUCCCAGCUGUGAGGCCGAGGCAAAAGGCUCAUGUCAUGGUAAGACCCUGUUU